UGAUUGGCGGUCGUUUCGAUUGUUUGGCCGGUCGAAGGUGGGGAUUUGUCCAACAGUGUGGUGAUCAUUGGAUAACGCAUCGUGGAGUAAGAAAGUGUUCGAUAAGUUGAUGACAAAUAAUUGUUGGUGGGAAGAAAAGGGAGAGAAAUAAACAGUGCAAAGAUGUGACAGACGAGCUUGCGAUGAUUGCUAGAGCUGACCGCGAGCUUGACGCUGCGACCUGAUACCCUCGUAUCGUCUGAAAGAUGAUGCUUGUCCGGCACUGAGCCGUGGCUUUGUAUUAUAUUUAAGGUUCAAGCGCCAAGCAGCGCGUUGGGUUGGCCCCGAUGCCGGCCAGGAAGGGCCUGCUCGCGCCUCAAAACACCUUCCUCGAUACCAUCGCCACUCGCUUCGAUGGAACCCACAGCAACUUUGUGCUGGGAAAUGCGCAAGUGCCGACGAUCUACCCGAUCGUUUAUUGCUCGGAUGGCUUCGUCGAUCUGACAGGAUUUGCGCGGGCGCAGAUCAUGCAGAAAGGAUGCGCCUGCAAAUUCCUCUACGGGCCCGACACGAAGGAGGAGGACAAAGCCAUGAUCGACAAGAGCCUCGAGUCCAAGACGGAGCUCAAGCUCGAGGUCGUGUUUUACAAGAAAAGCGGAGCUCCGUUCGACUGUCUGCUCGACAUCGUGCCCAUAAAAAACGAAAAGGGCGACGUCGUGCUUUUUCUGGCCUCGCACAAGGACAUCACGCACACGAAGACCCUCGAGCUCUGUGAGUCGUACGAUAGUGAUGCGAACGGCAACCUAGACCCCGAAGCACCACCGGCGAACUACGGGAGAAGAAGGAGCCGAGCCGUGCUCUAUCAAUUAUCGGGCCACUACAAGCAGGACAAUAAGCAUAAAAUCAAAUUGAACAACACGCUGCUGAGUCACUCACAGACGACGCCACUGCCCGAGUACAAGACGACGGCAAUAAAAAAAUCCCAGUUUAUAUUGAGCCACUACGGAAUAUUUAAGACCUGCUGGGACUGGCUGCUACUGAUCGCAACCCUCUACGUGGCUGUGAUCGUGCCUUACAACGCCAGCUUUGUCAACAACGAGCGCCCGUCCAUGGUCAGCGACUACGUUGUCGAAGUCAUUUUCAUCGCAGACAUCGUGCUCAACUUCAGGACAACGUACGUUAGCGUUAAGGGCGAGGUGGUGAGCAACAGCAAAAGCAUAGCCGUGAAUUACAUCAAAAGCUGGUUCGCCAUCGACCUCGUUGCAGCUUUGCCCUUUGAUCUGUUGUACGCGAGUGACUUGUACAGCGGUGAUGAGUCGAGCGCAAGUCACAUCCACUUGGUCAAGCUGACGAGGCUGCUAAGACUCGCCAGACUACUGCAAAAGAUGGACAGAUACUCGCAAUACAGUGCCAUCAUACUGACGAUGCUGAUGCUAUCGUUUACUUUGGUGGCCCACUGGCUCGCCUGCGUCUGGUAUGUCAUCGCAGCUAAGGAAAUGGCAAAGCAUCAGAGGGAUGGCGACAAGGAGUGGAAUCUCGGAUGGAUCCACGCGCUGUCGGACAGACUGAAAUUGCCGGACGUCAGCAACGUGACCCACGCGGAUAGCUACAUCACGGCGCUUUAUUUCACCUGCAGCAGCUUGACAUCAGUUGGCUUCGGCAACGUGUCCGCCAACACGACUUUUGAGAAAAUUUUCUCCGUCUGCACCAUGCUCGUCGGAGCACUGAUGCACGCAGUCGUGUUCGGUAACGUGACGGCUAUUAUACAGAGAAUGUACUCGCGAAGAUCCCUGUACCAGACAAAGUGGCGAGAUCUCAAGGAUUUUCUGGUGUUGCACCAGAUUCCUGACGAGCUCAAGCAAAGGAUGCAAGACUACUUUCAAACUAUGUGGUCGCUCAAUCAUGGAAUCGACAUUCACGAGACUCUGAAAGAGUUCCCGGAAGAGCUACGGGGCGACGUGUCGAUGCACCUGCACCGCGAGAUCCUGAGCCUACCCAUAUUUGAGGCUGCAUCGCAGGGCUGCCUGAAGCUCCUCUCGCUCCACAUACGCAACAUCUUCUGCGCCCCUGGCGAAUACCUCGUCCACAAGGGCGACGCCCUCUCCUACAUGUACUACCUUUGCAACGGCUCCAUGGAGGUCGUGCAGAACGACAUGGUCGUCGCUAUUUUGGGCAAAGGUGAUUUAGUCGGGUGCGAUAUAAACGUACACCUGCAUCACAACAGUAACGGCGGGGGCAGUGGCUCCUCGACCACCGACGUGAUCAUCAAGUCCAGCUGCGACGUCAAGGCUCUCACCUACUGUGAUCUCAAGUGCGUCCACGUCCAGGGCUUGGUCGACGUGCUGCGACUUUAUCCCGAGUACCAGCACGAAUUUGCUCACGACAUACAACACGAUCUCACCUACAACCUGCGAGAGGGCUACGAGGCUGAGGCCGAGUCCGAGAUGAACGGCGGCCCGUCGUUGACCCUACCCUCGAUUAGCGAAGACGACGAGAACGUCCCGGAAGAGGGCGAGACCUCACCACUCUCGCCGUCGAACAGAUCGCCCCUCCACGCCACCUCGAGUCCUCGGCAUGCCAAGUUCAGGGACGAGUACCAGAGCAACAAGAGGCCGCCCCGAGGAGUCCUGAAGGGCAGGUCGAGCCAGGCGAUGAGUCUGGAUGCCGGGGACGAUCACGCGCGCAACUCCGUCGAGCGACUGGACACGCAGGUGUUGACGCUACACCAGGACGUGGCGACCCUCAGCUGCGAGGUGCGCAAUGCCAUCCAAACGUUGCGGCUGAUAACGGGCUCGCCCCAGAGUAACCCGAAUUUGCCAACACCGGGCGGCCGGGACGACGAUCCUGGCAGCCCGGGCCACCCGGGAGCCAUGGUCCUGUCGAGCGGGGGCCUCCUGGCCCGCAGCUCCUCCCACCUACCAGACGCGCUCUGCUGGUGUCCCUCGGGCAUGAUCGACUCCUCCUCGAACGUCCUCCUCGUCGACCAGACGACUCAAACGGACUGGCCGGUCGAUCUGCUGGAGGCCUGGGUCAGGGCCGAGCCCCAGCGCGUCCUCGGCCUCCUCGGGCUCAUCCUCGAGCCUGAGCAGCUGAGACACUGCAGGCCCUUGAGCCCUUCGUCCUCCUCGGCCGCCUCGCCCCACCAGCAGAUGAUGAUGAUGCUCAUGCCCGUGACUGCCUCGACCUCGCCCACGCCCUCGGCCUCGUCGCCCCCACCCCCGCCCUACGAACCCCUCACUCCACUGCUUGGCUCCUCGACCGCGCAGUCACCCUCUGAAUCGCCUGGUGGCCGGGACUAUCUGUUCGAGCGUCGGGCCUCGGCGAGGAUCAGUCAGACGCCAUCCAACUGUUGGGAUGGGGGCGGUGGUGCUCACCAUCGGAAGGCCAGGCAUCGGUUCAGCGCUGGGGACGCCGAGUCCGGCCACACGACCCUGUACUCCGCUAUCAGGACGCUGCGUCGAUUGCCCGAGUCGCGAUCCCUCACCUUUCAUCCGUUCAGCUGAGUCGAGGCCCAGCUCUCGGAUCGCCGACCCAGUGGAGACGAUUCAUCAACCGACUGCGGCACCGAGAUCUAAGGGAGCAGCUCGACAAAAAACUUAGCCUACCAAAACAAAAAAGGAAACAAAAAUUUAAAGGAGUAAAAAUCAAGUCAAACGACCGCAGUGCACUCGAUAUUUUUGUACAUUCUUCCCCUUUCCUCUGUACUUCCGCCAUCGCACGCGCGCCGGUCCGCGAUCGCCAAGCGAUUGUCGAAUCCCUUCCUCGCACUGCCCUCCUUCGGAAUACAUGUAUCUAACAAUUAUCAACACGCAUAUUCGCGCGUAAAUUGUGCGGCGGAAGAGCAUCUCUAACUUGUAAAAAUGGCGUUCUUGUAAUAAUGUACAGACUAAUUGUGUACAUAAUAUCUGAAUUACGCGUGUUCGUUUUUCUGUGUAAUUUUCAAUUUGAUCGAGAGAAUCGCAUCUACGGUUGUGCGCUGGUGUGAGUGUAUGUACAUAGUGUAAAUGAAAUACUUGACCUGUUGCUGUCCGUUAAUACAAAGAAUAUGAGGCGAGAAUAAGGUGUCUCGAGAAGUGGGAGAUCUUUUCGUGGACCGGUUUUCGUUAAAUGCUCUAGUUGUUGCGUCAAAUGUUUUCCUUUAUUCCACUGAUUAUUUUGAAAAAGACACUUUCAUUAGUUUCGAUGAUUCGCAUUAUUUUUCAAAAUGUUAGUAUUUUUCUGGAGAUUGUUGUUCUCGCAAAAUUAUUCGCGCUCAUCCAAAAUACUGGCAAAAGUGGCUUUUUCAAUUUAAUUUAUUUAAUAAAAGGAAAUCUUUUGAAUUAAUAGUAACAAAUAAUUAUCUUCUACGUCAUA